AUGACUGAAGAUUCUUUGAAUCUACCUAGUCGUGUGUCCAUGGAUGAUAGCAGUAUAAAUUUGAAUGAUGAUUUAGUAGUACCUUCAGAAAAUUCUUCUAAUUCAAUACUAUCCAGCACCAGCAACGUCAAUAACAAGACCCCCAAUAACAAUAACAUACACCCUCGUCGUGGACAUAGACGUACUGGAUCAGCGAUUUCAACCAACUAUAGAACUAGCAUUGAUAAUGAAAGUUAUAUUCUGUCAGGGACUUUUUUCAAUUUUGCAAACCUAGAGGACCAAAAAGAUGAUAUAUAUUCACCAUUAGGUCCCAAUUCAAUCUAUGCAUUAACAAUUGGUUCAGAUAUUUCUAGAGCUAAACGUCAUCGAGCUCCAAAAUCACACGUGACAUUAAAUGGAGGGGCUACGACUAUAUAUCAUGUGAAUACACCCACAACGAAAGAUAUACCGCAAAUUCAAUUAGUCAAAUUGAAAAAUAAAGUUUCCAGUAAAGAAUUGGAUGAAAAAUAUGUGAAAACCAUUGCUUCAGAAUAUAAAAAGUUUGAGUCAAGUUAUAACCCUUUAACUGAAGAUAUAUUGCUGAAAUUGUCCCAAAAUGAACGUAAAUCUAGCAUUGAUUCUUCUACUUCAUCGCCAUCAUCUCCUACAUCAAUAGAAAAUCCAAAAGAAUUAUCAACACAAUUAGACUCUAUUCCUCAAGUUUUCCAAGAUCCAGAUUUUCGAUUAGAUGAUCCGAGAAUAUUUAAACAAGUCUUGAAAGGCACUACACUAAUGUUUGAUGAAAAUGACCCUAAUCUGAGUAUCACUAAUAAUACAGAAUUACAAGAAAAAUUAUCAGAUUAUUUGGAUAUUGUGGAAAUGAAUUUAGUAGAUGAAAUUGCCAAAUCUUCCGAUUCAUUUUUCAGUACAAUUGGAGAUAUUGAGAAUAUUCAAAAGAAAUCCACCGAUUGUGUCACCAAUUAUCAUACGCUUAUGAAUAAAGUUGAUCAAUUAGAGAGAAACCAAUCACGUAAAGGUCUUGAUAUAUUACAUAAAAUGAUUGAAAGAAGAAAUGUUGAAACUCUUGAACAAUCCUUAUUGCAAAUACAGUACAUCACAUCAUUAUUUCAACUAGCCAAUAAAUCAUUUACUCAUGGUGAUUAUUCCAAAGGGUUAAAUCAAAUUUCUGCCGUGGAAAAUUUGUUAAAAGGAGUUGACCAUGAGGAUAUUACUGAUGAAGAAAUCCAAAAAAUAUAUCCAAAACUAAAUCUUAUUGAUUUAUCGUAUUUACCUGCAUUUAUUCAUUUACAAAAUGAUUUGGCAACUCUUAAACGUGAAUGCUCUAAAGGAUACAUUGAUGGGUUUGUUGAGUUAUUAGUAGAAGACUUGAGACACCAUUUUAAUAACGUUCCUGUCAAGGAUACUUUGAACAGAAUAUAUGUCAAUAAGGAUAAAACUAAGAAAUAUAAUUCUAAUCCAAUUAAUACCACCUAUCUCAAUUUUGAUGAAACAACAAAAACUACUUUGCGUGAGUUUGUUAGUAAUUUGGCCAAGGCAGGAUCUUUAUCACAAGCAUAUUCCAACUACCAAUCAAAAUUUAUUACUGAAAUUAAAAAUAUCAUUAAACAAAAUUUACCCUUACAAAAACUGACAGAUAUGUCCAACACUUCAUCACGAGCAUCACCAAUUCCAAAUGCAGAACCAGCGCCAGCAUCAGCACCACCAAAACAAUCAAAUGCAUUAAGCUCAAAUAUAAAAACAUUAACACCGAAAGAGUUUGAAAACAUGCUUUCCCAGACCUAUGCACAACUUUCAGAAUGUUUAAGACGACUUACUGUUCAUCAAAAAUUAUUAUUAGAUAUUGCAUUGACAAGUAUCCCACCAACUAGUGACAUAGACAUUAUGUCCUUGGACAUUACUAAUGCCAUUCAUAAGGCUAUAGAAUUGACUCAAAUUAGAUUAAUGAAAGUUAUUAAUGUACGACUGGAACAAACUGGAGAUUUACCCAUUCCAUUUUAUUUCAGGUUAUAUUCUAUAACCUCAGCUUAUUUACAAGAAUGUGAAAUGAUUAAUCCGGCAUUUGCAUUUAAUGGUGCAGGAAAUGUGUUGAGUGAAUGGUUUAAUAACCAUGUUAAUUAUUUUGUUCAUAGAGUUCAUGUCAAUUCGGUAAAGAGUAUGAUAAAUGAGUGUAUGAAGGAAAAUUGGAAAAUCACUGAUAAAUCAGAUUUAUUUGUUUCUGCUCAAAUCAUUAUUAAUGAGUUUAUUGGUUAUGGUGAAUAUAUUAGUCUGAAUGGAUCAUCGGGGUUUUCUGGAGAUACUUGGUUGAAAGAUUUUGAUUUUUAUGAAUCAGAUGAACAAAAAACAGAUUCAGUGGAAGAAAAAAAUGGCGGUGAGCUUUCGUCUGUGUCUAGUUCUGGUUCUGGUUCUGGUUCUGGUUCUGGCUCUGAUUAUUCCAAAAAGCUUAUCAUUGGAGAACAAGAAUUCCUGGUUCCUAGUUUGGUAUUAAAAAUCUUGCCACAAAUUAAAGAUUAUCUUGUGAUCAGUAAAGCAUUCCCCAAUUAUACAUCAACGAUCGAAAAUAAUUUAUUAACAUAUUUCAAGGACAUGAAUUCUAAGGCAUCACAAGCUGUUCUUGGAGCAGGAGCUACAAAAACUGCUGGUUUGAAACACAUAACAGUUACAAACAUUUGUGUAUGUUAUUUGUUUCUUGAGGUAGUUAUGAAAAUUAUGGAUAUACUUACCGUUUCUGAAGUAGAUUUCAAUGAUGUUAUUGGUAGUUAUAAAGAACAUCAAAAUCAAUUGGUUUUGAAAAUUGGUAUGAUUGUUCGAGAUCGUGGUGCUUCAGACACAGUUGGUAAAAUCUUACAUCGAGUUUUAGGUGAUGAAAGAGCAGGAAAGAUUAUGUCUGAAUUAGGUAUAGAAACAACACAAUCUCUGUCUCAAUCAAAUGGAUAG